CGUCACGUCGGUGUCGGGCUGGAGAUUCGCGGUGAUGGCGACGGGUCGGUGUUGCAAAGGGACGCAGUGAAGCUGGAUAUGACUUAUCUUUAUUUGAUCGACGUUUGUUUGCUGCUCAAUAGCUGCACAGGUUGUGGAUGAAUCAGCGACUGGGGGCUUUCGUCGCGUCUUUUCCGGAUUUCCAUGUCUGACUGACGGCUGCACCGAACACAAUAGGACUCUAGCUUCCUCACUAAGCAUCUACGACUGGUGCAGGCCGGUGUUCCUCUCCGGGUGACCCAUUCUCCCUCACAGGGCCAUGGAGGAGGAGGCCCAGCAGAGUCUGGAGUGUAUCCAGGCCAAUCAGAUCUUUCCCAAAAAGUCACCCGUUCUGGAAGAGGAGAACAUGCAGGUGCCCUUUCCGGAGCUGCACGGGGAGUUCACUGAGUACGUUGGACGAGCGGAAGACGCCAUCAUCGCCAUGUCCAACUACCGCCUCCACAUCAAGUUCAAAGAAUCUGUUGUCAAUGUUCCUCUUCAGCUCAUCGAGAGUUUGGAGUGUCGAGAUAUGUUCCAGCUUCAUGUCACCUGUAAAGACUGCAAAAUUGUCAGGUGCCAGUUCACCACCUUUGAGCAGUGUCAGGAGUGGCUGAAACGUUUGAGUGCAGUAGUGCGGCCUCCAGCGCGCCUCGAAGACCUGUUUUCUUUUGCCUUUCACGCCUGGUGCAUGGAGGUGUACGCUGGAGAGAAGGAGCAGCACGGGGAGCUAUGCCGACCAGGUGAACACGUGACCUCUUGGUUCAAAAACGAAGUGGAGAGGAUGGGCUUCGACACUCAAAAUGCCUGGAGGAUAUCGGACAUCAACAGCAAGUUCAGACUUUGUCCCAGUUACCCCCAGCAGCUCCUGGUCCCGGCCUGGAUUACGGACAAAGAGCUAGAGAACGUGGCUGGCUUUCGCUCCUGGAAGAGGUUUCCUGCUGUUGUGUACAGACAUCUGAGCACUGGUGCAGUGAUUGCCCGCUGUGGUCAGCCCGAGGUGAGCUGGUGGGGCUGGAGGAAUGCGGACGAUGAACACUUGGUUCAGUCCAUCGCUAAAGCCUGUGCUGUGGAUGGCUCCUCAAGGAAACACCUCACCAAUGGAGUCCACAGUAAUGGCACCGAGCUCGGCGACACAGACUUUGAAUCCUCAAUGACCAACAGUACGGAGGUAGAGUCUUUGGCCAUCCAGCCUCACAAAUUAUUGAUCCUGGAUGCCCGAUCAUACGCAGCUGCUGUGGCCAACCGCGCCAAAGGAGGAGGCUGCGAGUGCCCAGAGUACUAUCCCAACUGUGAGGUGGUCUUCAUGGGCAUGGCGAACAUCCACUCCAUUCGCAAGAGUUUCCAGUCUCUGCGUUUCCUCUGCACCCAGAUGCCUGAUCCAGCAAACUGGCUGUCUGCCCUGGAGAGCACUAAGUGGCUGCAGCACCUGUCCCUGCUGCUGAAGGCCUCUCUGCUGGUUGUGAAUGCUGUGGAUAGAGACCAGAGGCCUGUCCUGGUGCACUGCUCUGAUGGAUGGGACCGGACUCCGCAGAUUGUGGCUCUGUCCAAACUUCUGCUGGACCCAUACUAUCGCACCAUAGAGGGUUUCCAGGUGCUAGUGGAGACAGAGUGGCUGGACUUUGGUCAUAAGUUUGCAGAUCGUUGUGGUCAUGGGGAGAACUCUGAGGACCUGAACGAGCGCUGCCCAGUGUUCCUGCAGUGGUUAGACUGUGUGCACCAGCUCCAGAGGCAGUUCCCCUGCUCCUUCGAGUUCAACGAGGCUUUUCUGGUCAAACUGGUGCAGCACUCGUAUUCCUGCCUGUUUGGGACCUUCCUAUGUAACAGCGGCAAAGAGCGUGAGGAUCGCCACGUCCAGGAGAGGACCUGCUCCAUCUGGUCCCUCCUGAGGCCAGCCAAUCGCACUCUCCGGAACAUGCUCUACUCCUCACACUCCGAAACUGUGCUGCACCCAGUGUGUCAUGUCCGAAACCUGAUGCUGUGGACGGCCGUGUACCUGCCCAGCUCGUCCCCCACCACCCCCUCAGACGACUCCUGUGCCCCUUAUCCUGUGCCAGGAUCCAAUGGGGAGGAGGCACUUCUGGGCAGGCGCACAAAGACUCGCUCAUUUGAUAACCUCCCAAGUGCAUGUGAGAUGGGCAGCCCUCUGCCCCCUAACAGACGCUCCAGUGACCCCAGUCUGAAUGAGAAGUGGCAGGACCACAGGCGCUCCCUGGAACUCAUGGCUGUGGGCCCUGAGGGAGGGGCGGGGCCAGACCAGGAGACAAUUUCCAAUGGAGUGGGGCUGUACUCGGACACAGUGGACUCUGAGAGGGACGACAGCCCACAACCCUACCCUGUGGAAGGCCCCUCCUGUAACAAAGGGGACGAGAAGGCAGAGCUGUCAGUGGCUGUUAGUGAGGGUCAGAUGGAGAACAUUCUACAGGAGGCCACAAAAGAAGAGGCGGGGUCAGAUCCCAGAGAGGAUGUCUCUGAUGUUAAUCAAACCCCUAACCAGGAAGUGACCUCAGAGACACCUGCAGAGGUCCAGCCUGAGCUUAAUGUGAACAGGACCAAAGAGGUGGUCACUAAUGGACACUCACCCCAAAAUGGCAUCUUGUCUGAGGAGGAGGAUGAGGAGCACUGCCCCGGGACAGACCCAGAAGUGGCCCUGGUGGCUCGAGACCUGGUGAAGAGGGUGGUGGAGCGUGUGGAGCGGGAGUCUGCAGCUGAUUUAGGUGAUCCAGAGGACCCAACAAAGACUGUGAAUGGCUUUAGCAACACGACGUCUGAGGAACAGCACUGCCACAGCUCUGACACAGAGGGUGCUGUAGAGCUUAACAAGAGAGCCUCUCUGAUGGAGAGCUCCACAGAGACUUUGACAGAGGAAGCAAACGGCCGUCUGGAGUCGCUCUGUCCUGCCCGAGUGUCCUGCUCCAGGCGGGAACAGGAGGCGGAGCAUGGCUUCAGGACUUUAAAUGGGGGGGCUAAGCGCCCCUCUGUCAGUGCCUUCCAGUGUGUGACCAGCGACCCCCGCAAUGGCCUCUGUAAUGGAGAGAGUUCAGAGGGAGAGGUGUGUGCGGCUUCCCACUGGACCAAAGGGAGCGGUGAUCGCGCCCCCUUGAGUCGUCAGGUGUCAGUGGCCAGCUGUAGCUCCCUGACCCUCCCUGCACGGGGUGUCCCACACCGUUGCUGCCACACAGGGGCAGGGCGGGUGGCCACCAGCCCCGAGCAGCCGUCCCGGAGCCACCUAGAUGAUGAUGGGCUGACGCUACACACAGAUGCCAUCCAGCAGCGGCUCAGGCAGAUUGAGGCCGGCCACCAGCUGGAGGUGGAGACACUGAAGAAACAGGUCCAGGAGCUGUGGUCCCGACUGGAAAACCAACAGCACCUGGGCUUGCACCGGACCAACGGGGACCUGGGCGACGAACUGACCUCGAUGACGGACUCAGAGUUCAAUCUGGACCCCAACUGUCUGUCCCGUUGCAGCACAGAGCUUUUCUCUGAGGCCAGCUGGGAGCAGGUAGACAAGCAGGACACUGAGGUGACCCGCUGGUACCCGGACCAUUUAGCAGCGCAGUGUUACGGCUGUGAGAGCAGGUUCUGGCUUGCCACCAGGAAACACCACUGCAGCGACAGGGAGAGAGUCCAGGAGGUCUGGAACUGCGGUAAUGUGUUCUGCGCCAGCUGCUGCGACCAGAAGAUCCCGGUGCCAAGUCAGCAGCUGUUCGAGCCCACCCGAGUCUGCAAAACCUGCUACGGCAACCUACAGCUAGGCCCGGCCCCCAGAGAUCUCGACCUGGACACGCCCAUCGCGGCUAGCUCCAACUGAGGACUCCAUCGUGAAACCUAGAAUGUCCCAUGAACUCAAAAAAACAAACAAACAAAAAAAACGUGUGCUGCGAAAAUAAAACUUGAAUGUGUAAAUAGAGGCUUAUAUUUUGGAGCGCUGAACGGUGGCGGGACGGUGCCUUGGAGCAGGAGGAGGUCGAACACUGUGCUGCUGCUGUAGUACUGAAACAUUUCAUCUUUGAGCAAUCCAAAAAAAACACGAUUGCCCAAUCAGCUGCCAGAGUCAUACAGAGGAAAAAGCCUAUUGGUCAGUUCACCCAAAUGAGGAAAGCACAGUAGACUUGAAUCAGCAUUUCAAGGUAUAAAAUAGCACUAUAUAAAAAAAGAAGUUUGGGUCAGUAAUAUUACCUGUGUCAUUGUCUAUGCAGAUGUUGCUAUUGGCUUUUGAUUCAAAGUGUAUGUUGUUGAAUUAAUAAGUUGUCAAAAAGAUCAAAUUGUCAAAAAAUAUACCCCCUGUUGAAGUAUAUUUCUAAGCAUUUAAAUAUAUUUAAUUAUAGGAUUUUGAUGUUUUGACUUGAAAAGUCUCCUGGUCAGAGGUAUUUAUUGGAUAAACAACCUUUAAGAACCUAAGUUAUUAUGUUGAAUAUUGAAUUAAAAUUGUGAAUUGUGAUUGUGAAGCACUUGACCAUUUGGGUGAACUGAUUCAUGAAUUUGAGGUUAAAAAAAAUAAAUUCUGAGAAAAAGUCACUUAUAUUUUAGAGACCAGCUGAGAGUCAAUGGUCAGUGACCCACUGAAAUUUUGGCUUGUCCUCACAUUUCCCCUUCAUUCAAACCAACCCUUUUGGAUUUACCCAGCAGGCACUGGGAGCUGAACAACUCGCUCGUGUUUCAGUUCAUUAGGAAAUCACAAUUGGGUCUACAAUUUUUUUUUUUUUUUUCACUAUGUAAAAACAUAUGGCUACUUAAACUAUCAAGUAGACUACAGCCAACACGUAAAGAAUAAUUUCACAAUAAAUAAGAACAAUAUCCCUAAAUUGGAAGAAAUAGGCUGUAGUGACAUUAUUGUCCAAAUUGUAUUCUUAAUUGUUUCAAAUAAGAUUACUGGCUUAUUCUUGCAUCAAAAUGACUAAAUGCGAAGCCAAGUGAUCUGUGACCUCACUUGUGAUCUCCCCUCUUAUUGGCUGAAUCGCGGUGCAGGGCGCCAACUGCAGAAAGGGCUUUACUCUUGGCGUAUUUUUUUCUGCAAAAGUCUGUUAAUGUUUCCAAAAAAUACCAUGAUUCACUUCCAGCACUUCUGCCCCUGGCGUGCGUUCAUUGACCUCCUCGCACACCCCUAGCUCUCUUUUUUUGUAAAAUAAAUGAUAAAAAUAAUAUAUUCAGAUACCUAUAUAGCAUUUAAGAAAGUGUAUAGAAUCCUUCAAUAGUGGCUCACAAAUUUAGUCACCAAAAAGUUUUGUUUUUUUAAUUUCUGUUUUCUUAAGUUGUUAUUGCAGAAGAUACUAUAUAUAUUUUGCGACCUGUUGAAAAUUACAGAUGUUUUUGUUUUUUUAAUAGAGACACAGGGUGUUUCCUGUUUUGAUGCUGCAGUGGUUUGUCCCUUCGAAAUGCGAUCCUUACUUUGACGAUUUUAUUUAUUGAAGUUUUCAUUUUUGAAUGGCUGUUUUGAAAAAAACAUUUUGAAAAAAAUCCAGACAAUUCAUUGCCACAAGAUAAUCAGUGUUUACUACAAAGAGGAAAAUAUUUAAACAAAACUGCUGGGUCCAAAUGACAGCGCCCGGUGACGCUAAAGUUUAGUCAAAAUGAGAGAAAAGUGGAAAAGCUAUGCACUGACAAAAGCAUAACACAAGCAUCACUAAUUUUUUACAUUCAUAACAAGCCCCUUCAGAUGCACUUCAAGCUCUACCUCUGUCUGCAAAUGAUCAUAGCAAUACAUUUUGUCACCACUUAUAUUCUAAAUAUUAUGUUACAAUGGCAAAUGGAAGAAUUUUUUGCAGUAAGGUGUAUUUAGGAACUACAAAAAAUAUCACGACUACGGCUUAAUCUUGCUGUUGGCGUGUAGUAUAAAAAAAAAGUCUAAAUCUAUAUUAUGGUUUACACUAAAUUAUUAUGAACAAAAUAUGACUAUUGAAUACAAGUAUGUAAUCCCUUAAUCUAUUGAUUUGAAUACAUACAAAUGAUAAAAUAAUUAUCUUUUCUAAGCAAAUUUUCCCAAAGCAAUGCAUAAAUCAGACUGCAUUUUGUGCAUGGCUAAGAGCUACUUUCAACUCUCAUAAACUAACCUCGAUACAGUAAAAUUGCAAUUAUGUUUUGUCAUGAUUUCAACCAUUUUAAUGUAAAGAUGAGCAAUGUUUGUUUUUUGUUUUUUUUCCACUUGUAUACCUCUUGAAAGAUAAGAGUGAUGCCACAAAAACCAAAGCCAAGUGUAAAACUGUCCUAACAUGAUAAUUUCUUUAAAAUGUUUUCUUUCAUUUAAGUAAAUCCUCACUCGCUCCUGUCAAAAAUCCAUAAUGUGAACUAUCAUUUUGCACGAGAAAAGACACUGCCACUGAUUACAUUCAUCUCAUAUAUUUCAAUUACGUUUGGUGCUGUUUAUGCAGUGUUUCAGCAGAGGGCGCUGUUGUUUUAGCUAAAGACCACAAAUUAACCAUUCUCUUGAGUUAUUUUCCUCCAAAAUCAGCUCUUUUAUUAUUGUUAUUUUGUUUCUUUUUUUUUUUUUUUUUUUUUUUUUCCUCCACGCUUCCUGACGCGUCUCUGCAUUUUAUGGCCCAGUAUAAACGUGCGCUUUGAAUCAUGUGCUCAAGUCUGAAAGCAUUUGAACUGGCGCGGGAGGUUUGCGUCUCAUCCGGAUAUUUGGAGACUGGUGCCAAGCUGUUUUCUUUACGAGUAUCCCUCUCUUUAAGGGAUCACACGUGCUUGUUGUGGUUGGUUUCAAUUCCUCCAAAUCGUCUUUCUCCCUUUUGGUUUUCCUUCCGUUUUGAGUCAAGCACUUUCCACCUCCUCGCGUCUGCAGAGGAGUGUGUAGCUGUACAUAGCGACUCCUGUAACAAGUGCUCCUUGUUCGGUCUGAAUAUUUUGUUCUGUUGGAUUUACUUUAAAGAACAUUACAUUGUUGUAGAUUUAAAGGAGAAAUAAAAUAGAUGAACUUGUGAAA